UCAACCAAGGCGCGCUGAGUCGGUUGGCUGCCACUGCCCCCUUGUCCCGUCCACUCGUUGGCGUCCUCUCUUUCUCCCCCACCACCUCCUCCCAUUCCGCUCUCUUCACCGCCCCCCAAAACCCUCCUCACCAAUCCAACUAUCCAAUCCCGAGCCAGGCCACCAAGCACUAAUCCCUCACGCUACGCCCCACGCGCUUGGCCUCGACGGGCUGACCGAGCCGCGGCUGGGAGCUCGGAUCCGGAGCUAGGGUUUGUCUUCGGCCGCGCCGCCAUGGAGUGGGAUAGCGAGUCUGACGGCGCCGGCAGCAUCGGCCCUGGCGAAGAGGAGGAGGAGGAGGAGGAAGAGGAGGCGGGAUUCGAGGGAGUUGGUGGAGGUGGGGGAGGGGGCGGGGGCAUGUUCACGUUCGCGAUCGAAGGGAUGCUGCGCGCCUCCGGGCCGUGCGGGCUGGUGGUCACAGACGCGCUCGAGCCCGACUGCCCCAUCAUCUACGUCAACCGCGGCUUCGAGGAGGCUACCGGGUACCGCGCCGAGGAGGUGCUCGGCAGGAACUGCCGGUUCCUGCAAUGUAGAGGGCCAUUUGCUCAAAGGAGGCACCCCCUAGUUGAUGCUGCAGUGGUUUCGGAGAUUCGAGGAUGCACAGACAACGGUACUGAGUUCCGUGGUGAUUUGCUAAAUUUCAGGAAAGAUGGCUCACCAUUGAUGAACAGGUUGCAUCUGAUCCCUAUAUAUGGAGAUGAUGAAACCAUAACGCAUUAUAUGGGCAUUCAGUUCUUCACUAAUGCUAAUGUUGAAUUGGGACCAUUGCCUGGCUCAAUAACAAAGGAACCAGUGAGAUCUGCACGGUUUGCUCCGGAUAACUCUUUUCGACCCAUAUCCACGGGGCCAGGUGAGAGCAACUUUUGUCGGGAAUAUUCCAGCCUUUUCCAAUUGACGGAUGAAGUACUUUGCCAAAGUAUCCUGUCAAGGUUGUCACCAAGAGAUAUAGCAUCUGUGAGCUCUGUGUGCAAGCACUUGUAUCACUUAACAAGAAAUGAAGACCUUUGGAGAAUGGUUUGUCAGAAUGCUUGGGGUAGCGAGACUACUCAAGCUCUUGAGACAGUGCCUGCUGCAAGAAGAUUGGGCUGGGGUUGGCUGGCGAGAGAACUGACCACCUUGGAAGCUGUUGCCUGGAGGAAAUUGACAGUAGGGGGUGCAGUGGAGCCAUCUCGAUGCAAUUUCAGUGCCUGUGCUGUAGGGAACCGUGUUGUUCUCUUUGGCGGAGAAGGUGUCAACAUGCAACCAAUGAAUGAUACAUUUGUUUUGGAUUUAAAUGCAAGCAAUCCAGAGUGGAGGCAUAUCAAUGUAAGCUCAGCUCCUCCAGGCCGUUGGGGCCAUACUCUGUCAUGUUUAAAUGGAUCUUGGUUGGUUGUGUUUGGUGGAUGUGGAAGGCAGGGUCUUCUUAAUGAUGUAUUCAUGUUGGAUCUGGAUGCAAAACACCCAACCUGGCGUGAGAUUCCUGGAGUUGCACCCCCAGUUCCGCGAUCAUGGCACAGCUCCUGCACUUUGGAUGGGACGAAGUUGGUAGUUUCUGGUGGCUGUGCCGAUUCAGGUGUACUUCUCAGUGAUACAUAUCUUCUCGAUGUUACCAUGGACAGGCCAGUAUGGAGAGAGGUACCUGCAUCGUGGACACCACCUUCAAGAUUGGGGCACUCAAUGUCUGUAUAUGGUGGCAGGAAAAUCCUGAUGUUUGGCGGUCUUGCUAAGAGUGGUCCUCUGCGACUCCGGUCUAGUGAUGUGUACACACUGGACUUAAGUGAAGAAGAGCCGUGCUGGCGAUGCCUCACUGGUAGUGGAAUGCCUGGUGCUGGAAAUCCAGCCGGGGUUGGUCCACCACCUCGCCUUGAUCAUGUUGCUGUGAGCCUGCCAGGUGGAAGAAUUUUGAUAUUUGGUGGCUCAGUGGCAGGUCUUCACUCAGCGUCACAGCUUUAUCUGUUGGAUCCGACUGAAGAAAAGCCUACCUGGAGGAUACUGAAUGUUCCUGGGCGUCCUCCCCGGUUCGCCUGGGGCCACAGCACCUGUGUCGUUGGAGGAACAAAAGCAAUAGUGCUUGGUGGGCAAACUGGGGAAGAGUGGAUGCUUACUGAAAUACAUGAGCUUUCUCUGGCAAGCAACUCAGUUUGAGUUUGAAAAGGUUUCUAGCCAUCUUCCUUGCAAAUUAAUGCUGAUUUCUCAUGCAACCUGAAGCUUGAUUGUCUUCACCGGCAGGACUGGAAGAAUGAAUGAGCAUACUGAAUAUUUUGGCAGCUACUUAGCUUCACGUGGAAGAUGAUAUGGUUCGCCUCAAGUAGAUCAAGCCUGUUACUCGGAUUGCUUGCUUUAUGUAGACAAAGGGUAGUGAUAUGUUCAUUUUUAUUGCUGUUUGUUUGGUCUUUUUACCAGAUAAGUAUAAUUAAUUCAUAAGCUACCCUUGUGGAAUGAGUACCAAUUGUAUAUGUAUUCUCAGAUGUUCCUGACAUGCAAUGUGUUAGGGGAACAAAGGACCACGCUGUAUAGUUGAAUCUUUUGAUGUACGAUACGUGGGAAACUUGAGCUGUUGUCUGAGGCAAAAUCUCAUGGCAUGCUGUAUCAGUGAUCACUGAUCAACCCUCUUUUUGUAAAACUUGUAAUAUAGUGUAGCAUGUUUUAUUAGGUGAGCUUAGCUCGAUGUCUGUUUACGUUAUCUUCUCUUUCACAUUUUGUAUCAUUAUGGACAGCUGGUACUGCAUAUGUAGUCAGAUAUAUAGUCAGCUGGAAGCAGUUCAGCA